GUACUGCUAGCAUCUAUGCAUGCAAGUUUAGCGGCCGGCCAGGCAUCAUAAUUGCAGAUCAGCACUGAUUAUUGUACCGUAGUGUCUGCAUUUUGGCUGUUCAUACUUAGACCAAGAUGAAUGAUUUAAUGGACAAUGUUAUAAAUUAUGAAAAAUCCAAUGAAGACGAUUAUUAUGCCAUUCUCGGAUGCGAUGAAAAUUCAUCUGAAGAGCAGAUAGCAGCGGAGUAUAAAGUGAGGGUACUUUCUUGUCACCCAGACAAACAUCCAGAUGACAACACUGCUCAUUCAAGGUUUGCGCAGUUGUCACAAGCAAAAGACGUGUUGCUGGACCCAGAAAAGCGGAGAGAUUAUGACAAAUGGAGACACAGCGGCAUAUCUAUUCCUUUUGACACUUGGAAGUCAAUGAGUCAAGUCAAAACGUCUAUGCACUGGGGCUUUGUGAAACCACAGACUGCCUUAGAGCACCCUCAAAAGUCAUCAUGCUCGGAAAAGACUCCAGUUUGUACCUCUGUCACACCACAACACCCUGGACCACCUGGUUCGACGAAUCCAUUGCUGCAAAGUGACCUUAAAGUUUUUCCAACAGAUCCUACGAGAAGCAAUCAACCUGUGCCAGGCUGGGAACGAGACACCACCAACACUCUGCUGCAAAAGUUCCGGAAUUAUCAAAUAUGACAGGAGCAAUAGAAUUGCUUUGUGUGUUAUUUAUGAACAAUUUGGCUGUGACUGACUUUGGGAUGCUGAUGUUGGAGAGGAGCAAGAGGGAAUUGCGGCUUUAUGCGGAUGCUUUUAGGCUUCAAUGAUGAUCAUAUAUAUUUUACAAUGUAUUCAGGAUUUUUCCGGAGUUCAGCAUUUUUCUGUUUCAUCAAAGUGAAAAAAGGCAAAA